AUGAAAAUUUUUUUGGUGGUGAUUUUUUGUUUGAGUGUAUUCGCCGAAAAUAAAUCAAAUGACAGAACCACCCUCAACACAAUAGAACCCACGCCUAAAAAUGAGACCCACAUCCAAAAAAUACCCUCAACGACACCAAAGCCCAUUAAGGACAUCAAGUCGGAGAUAGUGGACAAGUGCCCAAACCUAACCACAAUACAGAACCUCGACUUGCUAACACAAGAAGAAUUCAGCAGCAAACUCUCUGAUAGCUGCAGAUACGACAGGCUUAUCAAACCCGUGUCUGAAGGCCCUUUGGAGGUUUUUUUGCACAUCGAUGUCCGACACAUUGAAUCUUCAGAUCAGCUGCAAUUCAAAUCCCACAUUCUGGUCCAACUGAGCUACAAGGACAACCGGCUAAAGUACAGCCACAUUUCCCCGAAAAGAGGUUCCCUCCUGGGGGAAGAACCUUUGAGGGACAAAAUAUGGGUGCCGCACAUCAUCAUAAAAAACGAAAGGUCCUCAGCCCUGAUGGGGCUCGACGGAAAGGACAUUUUCAUGUCGAUCAGUCCCGACGGGGAUGUCACCUACUCCUACAGGAUGACGACCACCUUCUACUGCUGGAUGAACCUGCAGAAGUUCCCGUUCGACAGCCAAAUUUGCGAGUUGAUGUGGGCUAGCUGGACUUAUAACUCUUCAAACUUGCGACUCAGCUGGCACCCAGUCGACCCGGUAAAAGUCGCUAGUAACUUGCACCUGACCGAGUUUGUGCUCGAUGGACACUGGACAGAAAAUCACACUGUAUCGAAUUUAAUGUUGACUGAUGGAAAAUUCUCAGCAGUCAUUUUCAAGUUCAAACUUAGACGAGAAGUGGGUUACUACAUCAUGGAUUACUUUUUACCAUCCAUACUAUUGGUUUGCAUGUCAUGGGUGACAUUUUGGUUGCAAGCUGAUGCUAGUGCGCCUCGUGUAACACUGGGCACAGCAACAAUGUUGGCAUUUAUAACCUUAAAUGGAGGUUUAACUAAAAAUUUACCGAAAGUUUCUUACAUCAAAGCAAGCGAGAUAUGGUUUUUGGGUUGCGCUUGCUUCAUAUUUUGUUCUAUGGCUGAGUUUGCGUUCGUCAAUGUAAUCUGGAGAAGAAAAAAAAAAGUGGAGUUGAAAAAACAAAACAGCAAGCAUAUUCUGAUAGGAGCAAUUACCCCAAGUCUGGCGAGAAAGCAACUAAGAAAGGCUGAGUCAAUCAAUAGUUUAUACAAAGCUAGGUCUUGUAGUAGUUUAGAUGGUGAUAAUAGUAACAUAUGCCAGCAGAACUAUCUCACAGUCCAUAGUUUUCCUGUUUCCACCAUUCCAACCAUAACAACUCAAAGCCAGGAUGAGCUGAUGGGCAGUGAAGACAGUGUUACCACCAUUCCGAUACCUGAUUAUGGAUCACCUCCGCCACCAUCGCCUGCUUGGACUACUAUGACACCACAGGAAGUUGCGAUGUGGAUAGAUAACAAAUCGCGAGUUGGUUUUCCAUGUGCAUUUCUUAUUUUCAAUAUUUUAUAUUGGUCGUUUGUCUACGUUGUUUAA